AUGUCGUCGACAUCUACAUUCGUUCCUCCCAGCGACCCUCCGAAAUACAUCGGCAUCGAUGUGGACAACACGUUCCACACUCACGACGUCGCACAUUUCGCUAAAAACAAAAAAGCAUUCCGCAAACUUCUGGAGUCCGGCUAUCGCCCGCUAUUCGCUACAGGCCGCCCGCUCGCAGUAGCCCAGUACGUCCUAGACGAACUCUCCACCGACGGGGUAUACAACGGUUACCCAGGUGUUUACCAAAAUGGAGCUACUGUGUACAAUGAACGCGGUGAGCUUGUGAGGAAAGUCAAGUUUAGCGAAUCGUUUUUGCGCGAUUUCUGCGCCAUGGUCAAAGCCAGAUCUUUGGAGCAGAUUGUGGUCUUCCUAACGGCCUCGGAGAUGUACGGGCUCGUAGAGGACUCGGCAUGCUGGAAGAAGAUGUGCGAAGUCUGGGAUCUGACUGCGAAGUUGCACGUGGUCUCCGUUGAGGAGAUCGUAAAGGCCGACAUCGUGCAGAUUAUGGUUUCCAAGUACAAGGACCUCAGAGACCACAUCCCUGGCGAGGCAGACGUUGACUUCACUGGCAAGGUCGGAACAUGCGGACUCACUGACGUGAACCCGCCGCGCGUGAACAAGUUAGAGGGGAUGCGUGCACUGCUGACCCAUGAGAAGGCCAACACUGCUGACUUCGCCUUCAUCGGCGACGGAUCCAACGACGUGGAAGCCCUGCAGGCCUCAAAGUGGUCAUUCGCCGUGGGGAACGCCUCCGACAGCGUGAAGGCUACCGCCAAGAACGUGCUCGAGGAAACCUGCGACCAAGCCGCCUUCGCAAAAAUGGCCGAGCUCCUCUACGGAAUCAACGUAGAGUAG